AUGCUCUUCGGCGACGUGCUGGCUCUCGCAACGAAAGUAGACCUGGACUCGCCCCUUCACGACAUCACGUUCCUAGACAACCCAAAAACGGCAUUUGCCGUGAUCGCCGAGAUAGCUCGCCUCAGGGAUCUUCACGAGAACACGCUCGGGUGGCCAAGUGCUCACGACAGCUUCGAGAUCAAAUUCGCACUACGAGACUUCACGGCCGCGGAACGAAUUUCCGGUUGUCUGACAUCGGCCAUCUGGGCAGACAAAGAAGAUAACCCCGGGAGUGUAGAUUACACUCCGAUCGUGAAUUGGGUGCUCAAGCAGAAGAACAGGCAACACUCAACGGCAACAAUCAGACAAACAAGGGGAUGCCUCGACGACGCCGCCAACAUUCUUCUUGGUGUCACAACAGACGACGACUGCAUCCUCAGCCUCCGCGUGCACCGAAGACUCACUGUUGAUGAACACUUCCGCAUAACCGAAAUAGUGAACUCGUCCCUCAACGACGCAACAUGGACCGUGACUCGACGAAGUGGAUGGAUGCGAAUCGCAAGCGAGGCCAUUCUUCACCGACUCUUGAGCGGAGAAGUCCAGCUGAUCGAAUAA